GUGGUGCGUCGGUCAUAUGCGUCCCCGCCCUGCGCUCAGGUUCGAACACAUUGGUUCCUAGUGUUAGCAUUUAGCGCACGGCUUCUUCCGGGACACGUUAUUGUUGCAUCAGCAUCCAACCAUCCAGCACUGUGGCAAUGUCGACCUCAGGAGAGCCAGCCUUUGAGUUUGGCUUCUUGCUACAGAUAAAUGAGGAGGCCGCGCUGGCUGUGGCCCUGAAUGACUACCUAACCUCACGCAGCUACCUGGCUGGGUUCAGCCCCUCCCAGGCCGACCUGAAUGCCUUUAAGCUCCUCCGCAGGCCCCCAGACCCGCAACACGUUCACGCUCUGCGCUGGUACAGACACAUAGCAGCCCUGCAGCAGGACCUCAACCCUGACAGCAGCAUGAAGGGAAAGCGGGUUCAGCCCCCGUGGUCUCCACCAGCAGGAACAGAUGUUCCCCAACUUCGACUCUACAACAGCCUGACGAGAGCAAAGGAGCCGUUUGUUCCUCAGAAAGGGAAUAAAGUAACCUGGUACUCCUGCGGGCCUACAGUGUACGAUGCCUCACACAUGGGACAUGCCAGGUCCUACAUAUCUUUCGAUAUCCUGCGAAGGAUACUGAGGGACUACUUCAAGUAUGAUAUCUUCUACUGCAUGAACAUCACAGACAUAGAUGACAAAAUCAUUAAAAGGGCUCGGCAGAACUACCUCCUGGAACAGUACAAGGAGAAGAAGCCGCAAGCUGCUCAAGUACUGCAGGAUGUCCUGAGUGCCAGAGGGCCCUUUCAGGAGCACUUGGCUUCAACAACAGACCCCGACAAGAAGCAGAUGCUGGAGAGGCUGGAUGCUGCUGUUACAGCGGCCCUGCAGCCCCUGCAGGCAGCAGUUGAGAGCAAAGCAGCAGCGGAGGUCGUCCAACCUCUGGCCCAGGUGCUGCUGGAGAAUUCCAAGGACCUUCUGUCUGAUUGGUUGGACAAACAGUUUGGAAGUCAAGUCACAGAGAAUUCAAUCUUCUCCAUUCUGCCUAAAUACUGGGAGGGAGAGUACCAUAAAGACAUGGACGCCCUGAACGUUCUUCCCCCAGACGUUCUCACUCGAGUCAGUGAAUACGUUCCCGAGAUCGUGGAGUUUGUGGAGAAGGUUGUCUCAAACGGUUAUGGGUAUGAAUCUAACGGUUCUGUGUACUUUGACACCUCGAAGUUUGACGCCUGUCCGCACCACUCGUAUGCCAAACUGGUGCCAGAGGCAGUCGGAGACCAGAAAGCGUUACAGGAGGGAGAAGGUGACCUGAGCAUCUCUGCUGACAGAUUAAGUGAGAAAAAGUCUCCCAAUGACUUUGCCUUGUGGAAAGCGUCCAAGCCCGGAGAGCCGUCAUGGGACUCUCCAUGGGGGAAGGGAAGGCCUGGCUGGCAUAUCGAAUGUUCGGCCAUGGCUGGCUCUAUCUUGGGAGAGUCCAUGGACAUCCACGGUGGGGGGUUUGAUCUUCGAUUCCCCCAUCACGACAACGAGUUGGCUCAGUCUGAGGCUUUCUUUGAGAAUGAUUACUGGGUCAGAUACUUCCUGCACACCGGCCACCUGACCAUCGCUGGCUGCAAGAUGUCAAAGUCUCUGAAGAAUUUCAUCACAAUUAAGGACGCUCUGGCAAAGAACUCAGCUCGCCAACUCCGUCUGGCCUUCUUGAUGCAUUCCUGGAAAGACACCCUGGACUACUCCCCCAACACAAUGGAGUCAGCCGUCCAGUACGAGAAGUUCAUGAACGAGUUCUUCCUGAAUGUGAAAGACAUCCUGCGCACUCCGACAGACAUCACCGGUCGGUUUGAGAAGUGGGAGGAGGCAGAGAUGGAGCUCAACAACAGUUUCUACGACAGGAAGUCCGCCGUCCACGAGGCUCUGUGUGACAACGUGGACACUCGCACCGCCAUGGAGGAGAUGAGAGUCCUGGUCAGCCAGAGCAACAGCUACAUCGCCAGCAGGAAGAACGCCAAGCUGAGGCCCAACCGCAUGCUGGUGGAAAGUAUCGCCGUGUAUCUCACCAACAUGCUGAAGAUAUUUGGUGCCAUUGAAGAAUCGGAGUCCAUCGGUUUCCCAAUGGGAGGACAAAGUCAGAACGUGGACCUGGAGAGCACAGUGAUGCCGUACCUCUCCGUGCUGUCAGAGUUCAGAGAGGGCGUCCGAAGGAUUGCCCGCGAGCAAAAAGUGACGGAGUUGCUGCAGCUGUGUGACGCUGUCCGCAAUGAUACGUUACCCGAGCUGGGAGUCCGACUGGAAGAUCAUGAAGGCCUGCCCACUGUGGUCAAACUGGUGGACAAGGAGACGUUACUGAAGGAGCGAGAGGAGAAGAAGCAGAUGGAGGAAGAGAAGAAAAGGAAGAAGGAAGAGGCUGCCAGGAAGAAACAAGAACAAGAGAUGGCUAAACUGGAGAAGAUGAAGGUCCCUCCAUGUGAAAUGUUUCGCACAGAAACUGACAAGUAUUCCAAAUUUGAUGAAAUGGGUUUCCCCACCCAUGAUGUCGAAGGGAAGGAGCUGAGCAAGGGACAAGCCAAGAAGCUGCGCAAGCUCUACGAGGCCCAGGAGAAACUGCACAAUGAGUAUCUUCAGAUGAAUCAGAAUGCCAACUGAUUGUGUCCACACACACUCCGCGCUCUCCAGAAUACCUGCAGAAUAAAUGAUAAAGGCCAGAGAUGCUGGGUCAUCGUUUGUCUCCUCGUUAUCUGUUUCGGAUCAGAAAACAACAAAAAACUCCACAAAAAAAUGACGGUUCAAAUUUAUAUAGUCUGUGCAUCAUUUUUCUAAAUUCUGGGGGGAUCAAAGAGAGCCAGCAUCCUCCUCCUUCCCUCGUCGCCAACAAGACUCUGACUGAAGUGAGGUGUAAUAAUGUGACAGAGUAGCACUGUGCUAACGGUGUCUCCAGAUGUUUUCUACAUUAAUCAUGUUUGUGACUGAGACUCUGUAACACUCACAGGCAGUUAAAGCAUUUUUUUUAAUUGUAUAAUUUAACUUUGAGUUUAGAAAUUAGCUAUGAACUGGGACACAGCUGCAGUAUGUACAGAUGGGUGACAGAUGGAAAGAGAAACCAACAUUAAGGGUCCUGUAUGGAAACAUCUGCACUCAUUUAUUCAGAUUUCUUCUUUAAUUUGUCACCUCUCUGGCUGAAGGCUCUCGGGCUGCAACCAACCAUUAUUUUCAUUAUCGAUUCAUCAUUUUAUCCAUAAAACUGAAGGAAAUAGUUAAAGAUAUAUAUAAUUUCCCACAACCAAAGGAGAUGUAUUCACAUUGCUCGUUUUAUUCGACCAAAUCUGAUCUCUGUUUAACAAAAGCAUAAAAUUCUCACAUCUGAGAAACAAAUGUUCUAGAAGGGACCUUUAAUAUUAUUUAAAGAUUUUUAGCGUCACCCAUUGUGGAGUUUUUUUGUGACGUUUAGAAAUAUAUCACUUUAUACAGACGCUGAAUUAGCUGCUGAAUAAAACGUAUCAUUAACUUUUUAUAGAAACUUCAGUUAGGUUAAUCUCUUGUAGUCCCUCAUUUUUACAGACUUUUGGAAAAAAUGCAAACCGAUAUCAGCUGAUAGGAGUAGAAAGAUAACAGCACCAUUACCAAAAGACUCAUUUUGUAACUCGACAGUGUGUCAGAGGAUGCUGAAGACCUCAAACACCGAAAGAGCUGCCAUGUUUCAUUCCAUAUUUCCAUAUUUCCCAGCUGCUUUAUGACAAAAAUCUCUGUACUUGGAAUAUUUUAGAUAAAUCAAUACUUUUUUUCUACACAUUUGUAUCAGUAUUAUAAGUUGACCGGAUUUCUACAAUCUUACAGAAUGAGGCUGUUGAUGUUCAAUUUGGUUGUCGUCAAAUCCCCCCAAAUAACAAAAAACAUUUAAAAAAUAGACCUUUUGUUUCUACUGCUCACUGUAGUUUUUAUCAAACAUUAUUCAAACAGGAGGAAAUAGUUGUUAGGGACUAUUUUCAGUGGCGGAUUAAUCCACAUUUGGUGCUCUAGUGAGUCAAAAAUUGAGCUCUGAGCCACUGAUAAUAAGAUAAUUCUUGUUUAUGGGAUCAAUUCAUUGUUGGUUUUGCUCUUUUCGUGGGAUUUGUUGACAGUAAGAAAAAUACAGAACAUCUCAGACUCUGUGUGGUCUCUCACGGCUCCAGUGGCUCCACAUGAACGGAGGCUUUUUAUUAUUCAACCGUCCAUUAGGCUCGUGGGUUUUUGUACUGUCUAUGUGUUCAGUUUCGUGGUUAUGUGACGGCAUAGCUGCAGUAACACUGUCACAUCGGAAGAUGCUCCAAAUAAAGAGGCUGUACACGCUACUGAUUCCCUUUCAAGUAAUAAAACUGAUCAUCAUUGUGAACUCUUGAGACUUCUGGGAGGUUGACUCUCAUCCUUGGCAACAUAAUGUCAUCAUUGUAGGAACCAACCGAGAUAAACAGAUGUUCAUUACUCCCAUAAACAGACAUUCAGACAGAAUGAGACUGAAAAUUUGAUUACAAACUGUCUUAUUUUGAAGUUCUGUACGUCCGUUACAUUUCUACUGAUGCAACCAUUAAGUGAUUUCGCUGCACACUCUCAAUAAAUGCUUAAACAGGA